AUGCCUCUCAAACAUCUGGUCAAGGACAAAAUCGACACACACCUACUGGCCUUUGAGAUCUACUUCAGGAAAGGUCAGCAAACACUCUCAUUCAUUCAUCACUGACUCCUCAUUAACUUUAUUUUGGAUGCUGCGGUGCUCAGAUUUACAAUGUCUCCCCUUAGAGAAAUACCUGUUGAUGCUCCAGUCAGUAAAGAGAGCAUUGGCCAUCGACCCAGACAACCCAUGGCUACACCAGUGUCUUGUCCGCUUCUUUAGAGGAGGUAUGACACAGAGCUUUCUUUUGUUUUUUUGACCUGUUUCUAGUUUUGUCUGCUUACUGGUCCUUCCAGCAGCACUCAUAACUCGUUCCCUCUCCUCCCCGCUUUCAGUCUCGGAGAGCAAGGAGCUGCCGGAGGUGGUCAGGACGGUGCUGAAGCAGGAGAUCACCCGGCUCUUUGGUGACAGUAACGCCAAGAGCUUCAACCAGGCCUACCUCACCAAGCACUCUAACUCCAUACCACACCGGCUGGCUGGUAGGCUGCUCAUGCAAUCUCAUACUCAAAAUCCACUCAUCAAAUAAAACACUAUGAAUUCAUAAUGGAUUCAGCUACUGUGCUGACUACAGUGGCACUUACACCCGUGCUCUGAAAUUGUUGAAUUAUCUUUGAAAACGAGUUUGUGUCCCCACACUUUUUUUUUUUUUUUUUUUUUCUCCGUGUAUGUCAUCUGAAAAGUAUUUGAUCGACACGUUUAUUUGACUAUUUUGGUAAGAUAAUUGAAGGGGGGCAGUGUUGUUUUCGUUGACGAAAAUACUUUGUCAGUGCCCCUUUUUUUCCACGACAAAGACGUGACAUUGACGAGCUAAACAUAAGUCUUAGGUAACUAAAAUGUGACGAGACGAAUGUGCGUUUACGUUGACGAGACGAGGCUAGACGAAAACGUUGUUAGUGGUGGACGACGAACAGAGUUGCAAAAUUCAUGAGCAUUUUGUCAGUCAAACGCUAAACGUAUAACCUGCAGUGUUGUUUUCAUUGACGAUGACGUUGACAAAAUAUUUUCGUCAUCGUCAACGAAAACAGCACUGAAGGGGGGGAUCAUGCUUUUCCAUAUUUACAACAAAAUCUGCAAAGUUACAAAGUUCGGUGUCCAUACUACAUGGAUUCAAAGUUUCAAACCAUAAGGUCAACAAAUGUGACUGAUCUGAAAACAGAGACCAAAAUCUGGAAACUCUGUUGAAUCGAAAGCUAACCGUGCUGUUGCUUUCUUAAUGCGGACAUUAUAGCCGUGGCCUGUUUGGUUGGUCAUUGACAUUUGAGUUUUAGCUUUUUGUGGAGGCUUUUUCUAGCCAAUCAGAGACGAAGGAGGUGGGACUUUCCCCUGGAAAAGUCUUCCCCGGGAUGCAUCUUUUCCCCCCCGGAAAGUCGCAAAAUCGCAUCGGGCUUGAUGUGUAUAGUCAGGCGCGUCAAAAUUCGCUUUAGAAUAUUUCGUAAUUUCAUUUUCUAUAUUCGCGUCAGCCCCGGUGUGUAAGGCCCUUUACUGUGUGUUGUGCUGUUGUUCUAAUGAUGCUGAAUGUGUUUGAUUUCAUCCUAAAUAAUUAAAAAAUAACCCUAAUCCAAAUCGUUGAUUUUUUUUUUUUCAGGACCUCACUGGUCAUGAACACCAGUUUCCAUGACACUCACAGCUGUUUUUUUGCUUCCUUCUGCAGCUGCUAAGAUGAUGGCGUAUCUGGAACCAUCGACAGAAUCUAAAGCAGCGGAACUGGCGACUGCACUCGACGAGUCACUCGACAACAGAACCAUACAGGUUUGUUUCUCUGAAUUCUGAAAUGUAACAAGUAGUAACAGUAGUUUCUUCCCCUCAGAGCUUCCUGCUUUAAUUCCCUCCUCCUUUGUCUUUCCUCAUCAGAUCUGCACAGAGGUCCUGGAGUGUCUCCGAAGCGGCACUCUGGGCGACUGUAAGGACCGCGCAGAGUCGUACCGCACUGAGUGUCACAAGCUUUACCCCUACACAUUAGCUUUCGCGCCCCCUGGAUACGAGGAGAACACCAAGAUCGCCAACGGAGAUGUGUCUUUGGAAACUGAGGAGCUAGCCAAUGAGAUGUGA